AUGAACCAGGAUCUCUUCAAAGGCGCUCUAGAUGUAGUGCUGCAAAGUGGGUUUGUAGUCCGUGUAUCCAUCGAAACGAUCACGGUCAGCGAUGAGGAGCCAAGGAAAAUUACUACUACUUUCUUCUGUUGUAUCGACGCAACAGGAGGCGAUAUCAGAAAGCUACUAAGAGAGCGCUUGCUAGAGACGAAUCUUAAUUCCGUAGAACUGCGUCUAAAAGAAAGAGAUGGCGGACCUGUGAUUGGAAGAUUCGACAAGUCACCUCUUGGCGCCCACUUGACCUGUCAGAUUUAUCCAAUACCGGCCGCAUGGCAGCGUCUGUUUGAUUUGGUGGGCAUAGGUAGCGAGACAGAGCGUGAUCGCAUGAGGGAGAAAAUGAUGAUGCCUAGAAAAUGCAAACAGUGUCCCGGAAAUCAUGCUUUGGUGGAAUCGAGUAGCGAGGAGGAAAUGGAAGGCAUGGUUUGUGACAAAUGCAGAGGGGUUUUAGCCGGCAACAACAGCACUUGGUUUGGCUGUCGUGAUUGCAACUUUGACCUUUGUAGUGUUUGUCAUCAAGGAGAUCAGGGUAGUGACCACAUCAUGAUGGCGUCUUCUUGUGAUCCUUAUGAAGAAUUGGAAACAGUUGCCAAACAUCUUGCCAAAAAGUUUGCGGAAUUCCCCUGUUGCCCCUGCCUCCGAGACAUGAGCCGCGAUGUCCAUACUGUGUACUGGGACCACACGCACUGGGGAUGGGUGAUUCCUCGUACAUUUCGUCCUUUCAUUUCCUUCCCAGAUGUCUACUUUGUCAGGCUGUCAUGGAUGCAAAAUGUUAUUGCACCUGGAGUGCGGCUUGUGAUCCGGUUGGGGGACGAAUUGCGACGUGUGGUUUCCGAAGCAGUCGCAUCUCAGGAGCGAUGUGCCAAGAAAAUCCGUACGGACAGUGAACAUCAGAGCUUACUACCAGGAGAAACAGAUGAAAUCCUUCCCAACGGCGCGAAUAGUCGAGAUAUACGAGAUUAUGGUAGACAGCUACUGACUCAUAUGGACGUUUGGGAUGCCGUGGAGGAACAAUUGGAACGAAAGGUGGCCGCGGCAAUGGAAGGGACUGGAGAGGUUGGAAGGCGGUUCGAUCGUGAUGUCAGACUGCAGUUGGAAUCAUUCGAAUGCGAAAAGGUCGUGUACAAGCUAUCAGCAGUGGCAGUUGCCGUCGCUGAAGGACGACCUCUUCCCAUGCCCUUUGCAAGCAUUUAA